CUAAUUACCCAAUAAACUUUUAUCUCCUCCGUAUCCAAUCCAAAUCCGCUAGACCGGGAGUCGGGCCUUUCAUGCUAUGGUUUAUUUCAAGAAAGAAAAUCCAAAAAUUGGCAGUGUGAGAGACCAGAAAAAACUGGGAAUUAAAUUUAUUUAACCAUCGAGUGAUCUUACCUCUUAGAGCUCUGUGUACUGGAAAUGAUGGAGGUUGAAAACUAUAGAGGAGCAAACAAAAAGAGAAGGACAAAAAAGAAGAUAACAAAAGAAAGGAGAGUGGGCGAAUAGAGAUAGCAGAGGUUUGGGAUACCAUUCAGUCGCAGGUGUCAGCUUGAAGAGCUUGCAGUGGCCAACAUCUCUUCUCCUUUAGCUAACAUGACAUGCAAAAUGGAAGCAAAUGAUCGAGCAUCCAGUAAAAAGUAUGCUGCUGAUAUAUCCUCAAUAAGAGAAGCACAAGAGCGCAUCAGCUCACUUGUACACAGAACUCCGGUCUUGUCCUCGCAAAUUCUAAAUUCUAUAUCUGGAAGAAAGCUACACUUUAAAUGUGAAUGUUUCCAAAAAGGUGGAGCUUUUAAAUUCAGAGGGGCCUGCAAUGCUGUAUUUUCACUUGCCAAUGAUCAGGCAACUAAAGGUGUUGUAACACACAGCAGUGGUAAUCAUGCUGCAGCACUUUCUUUGGCUGCAAAACUAAGGGGAAUACCUGCAUAUGUAGUCGUCCCAAAAAAUGCUCCAAAAUGUAAAGUUGAGAAUGUCAUACGUUACGGUGGCCAGAUUUUCUGGAGUGAGGUGACUAUACAAUCUAGGGAGGAAAUGGCCACAAAGGUUUUGCAAGACACUGGAGCUGUUCUUAUUCAUCCAUUCAAUGAUGGGCGCAUCAUAAGUGGACAGGGCACCAUAUCUCUGGAGCUUCUGGAGCAGGCCCCUCAAAUUGACACUAUAAUUGUUCCAAUUAGUGGAGGUGGUUUAAUAUCAGGGGUGGCAUUAGCUGCCAAAUCUAUUAAUCCUGCGAUUCGGAUAUAUUUACCCCAAGCUUCAAGUGUUGUGGAUAGAUAUAAGGCAAAGCCAGGAAAUGAGCAUUGGUCUUCCACGAAAGAAGAAAGCAUGUGGAUGUGCAUUUGCACUUUGUCCACAGAGGGUGUGAAAGUUGAGAAGAUUUCAACCGAUCAUCAUCCUGCACACAUGACAACAAAAGCAUUGCCAACCUCUAUGUUGAUACUCUCUGAUCGUAUUGUAACAAACCCCGAGACCAAGACCCAAGCUGAUGGGCUUCAAGCUAGUCUUGGAAGCCUCACAUGGCCUGUUGUUAGAGAUUUGGUUGAUGACAUCAUACUUGUCUCGGAUAAAGAGAUAAUUGACGCAACGAAACUCUGUUACGAAAUUUUGAAGGUUGCAGUCGAGCCGAGUGGGGCCAUAGGACUGGCAGCUGUUUUGUCCGACUGUUUCAAGAAAAACCCUGCUUGGAAGAAUUGCAACAAUGUUGGCAUUAUAAUUUCAGGAGGCAAUGUUGAUUUAGGAGUGCUCUGGGAUGCAUUGAAUAAGUGACUAUCAUUUGUGCAGUCAAACUUUAAGAGAAACAUUUAGUAAAUUCAGCUCAUAUUAUUCUCUGCUGCAAGCUGUGCAAUUCCUGUGCUUCCAUUUUCUUGUAGAAAUAUAACAAUUUUCAGUUCUAUACAACAAAAAGAAACUAAAUUUUAUUCUCUA